AUCUGUCUAUGGCAGUACAGAAAUUUUCCCAGUCACUGCAGGAUUUCCAAUUUGAAUGUAUUGGCGAUGCUGAAACAGAUGAUGAAAUUAGUAUCGCUCAGUCACUAAAAGAAUUUGCAAGACUACUCAUCACAGUAGAAGAAGAAAGGAGAAGACUGAUUCAAAACGCUAAUGAUGUGUUAAUUGCGCCACUUGAGAAAUUUCGAAAAGAACAGAUAGGUGCAGCAAAAGAUGGAAAAAAGAAGUUUGACAAGGAGAGUGAAAAAUACUAUUCCAUUCUUGACAAGCAUUUAAAUUUGUCUGCAAAGAAAAAGGAGUCUCAUUUGCAAGAGGCAGAUACACAGAUUGACCGAGAGCAUCAGAACUUCUAUGAAGCAUCACUAGAAUAUGUCUUUAAAAUUCAAGAAGUUCAAGAAAAAAAGAAGUUUGAAUUUGUUGAACCGCUUUUGUCAUUCCUUCAGGGUUUAUUUACUUUUUACCACGAGGGAUAUGAACUCGCCCAGGAAUUUGCACCAUAUAAACAACAGCUGCAGUUCAACUUGCAGAAUACAAGGAAUAAUUUUGAAAGUACUCGACAAGAGGUAGAGCGGUUGAUGCAAAGGAUGAAAUCUGCCAACCAAGAUUACAGACCACCCAGCCAGUGGACGAUGGAAGGCUAUCUUUAUGUCCAGGAGAAAAGACCGCUUGGUUUUACAUGGAUUAAACAUUAUUGUACAUAUGAUAAGGGAAGUAAAACAUUCACAAUGAGUGUUUCAGAAAUGAAAUCCAGUGGGAAAAUGAAUUUAAAAUAUUAUAAAUGUAUAACAGGAAUAAACUGAAUAUAUAAAACAUUUGUUUUUGAUAGGCAUGGGAUCAUCACAUUGCAGGCCUUCUCAGAAGCUAAUCGGAAACUCUGGCUUGAAGCCAUGGAUGGGAAAGAACCAAUUUAUUGGCUGCCUGCUCUGGGCCAGGCGUGGCUGUACUUAAAUGAAGCAGGGUUCAACUUCGUGAGAAAAUGCAUUCAGGCUGUGGAAACAAGAGGCAUCACCAUUUUAGGCCUCUACCGAAUAGGAGGAGUCAACUCCAAAGUUCAGAAACUUAUGAACACUACAUUUUCUCCAAAAUCCCCUCCUGAUAUUGACAUUGACAUUGAACUAUGGGAUAAUAAGACAAUAACAAGUGGACUGAAAAACUACCUCAGGUGCCUUGCUGAACCACUGAUGACUUACAAAUUACACAAAGAUUUUAUUGUUGCUGUUAAAUCUGAUGACCAAAACUACCGGGUGGAGGCUGUACACGCACUGGUGCACAAAUUGCCAGAAAAAAACAGAGAGAUGCUGGACAUCUUAAUAAAGCAUUUGGUCAAAGUAUCACUACAUAGCCAACAAAAUCUCAUGACUGUGUCAAACCUUGGUGUCAUAUUUGGCCCAACUCUAAUGAGAGCACAGGAAGAAACUGUGGCUGCUAUGAUGAAUAUUAAAUUUCAGAAUAUUGUGGUUGAAAUUCUGAUAGAGCACUAUGAAAAGAUUUUUCAUACUGCCCCAGACCCAAGCAUUCCUCUUCCUCAGCCUCAGUCUCGAUCUGGAUCCCGAAGGACGCGCGCAAUCUGCCUCUCUACAGGCUCCCGGAAGCCCAGGGGGAGGUAUACUCCGUGCUUGGCAGAACCCGAUAGUGACUCCUAUAGCAGCAGCCCAGUCAGCACACCCAUGGGGAGCAUCGAGUCACUCUCCUCUCACUCCUCUGAACAAAACAGCACUACAAAGUCGGCUCCCUGCCAGCCCAGGGAGAAAUCUGGAGGGAUUCCUUGGAUCGCAUCCCCAUCACCUUCCAAUGGACAGAAAAGCCUUGGUCUCUGGACAACUAGUCCUGAAUCCAGUUCUAGAGAAGAUGCAACCAAAACGGAUGCAGAAUCAGAUUGCCAGAGCAUCGCCUCAGUUACUAGUCCGGGGGACAUUUCCCCACCCAUAGACCUGACCAAGAAAGGGCCUCAUGGGCUGUCAGGACUAAAAAGAGCCUCAGCGACCUUUCUCAGAUCCAUCUCUGCAGCUGAAGGAAACAAGAGCUACAGUGGUUCCAUUCAAAGCUUAACUUCCAUAGGUUCCAAAGAGACACCUAAAGCCCCACCAAACCCAGACCUGCCUCCAAAAAUGUGCAGGAGGUUGAGGCUAGACACUGCCUCAAGCAAUGGCUACCAGCGACCCGGCUCCAUUGUGGCAGCAAAAGCCCAACUGUUUGAAAAUGUUGGUUCACUUAAGCCAGUUUCUUCUGGGCGCCAAGCCAAAGCCAUGUACUCCUGCAAAGCUGAGCACAGCCACGAGCUCUCCUUCCCACAGGGGGCGAUAUUUUCUAAUGUGUACCCAUCAGUGGAACCAGGAUGGUUGAAGGCAACUUAUGAAGGCAAAACAGGACUAGUUCCAGAAAAUUAUGUUGUCUUCCUCUAAUACUGUUUAGUGGAUGGCAGUAUCUUCAUGGUAUCCAUGGAAACAAAUAAUAAGUGCUAUGAUUUUAUCUGACACAGAUAUAGGGAUCAGCCCACUAAAUGAAAACAAUUUCUAUCAAGUUCUACAUCAACAGACUAUGUAGCUCUCUAUUAAUGGAAAAGAAAAAAAAAAGAGUUUAAAUUGUUUGCCAUUCUUUUUAGUUUUGGCUGGUUUCUUAUUUAAACAUAUCUUUCUAUCUUUUUUGAUAAGUAACUCUCCACAAUGUCUCUUGCAUAACAAUUGAGGAUUUCAAAUAUUGUAUUAAGUGCUAUAUCCCAGAAAUCUGAAAACCAGAAGUCUGAUGUAAGGAUUUUGGGGUCCACCCUUAACUGUCUGGCAUUCUCUGAGGAACCUUGAAAUCAUUACUUAAAAAUGUAAUUUAAAUUGUUCAUUUAUUAUUUUUUCUUAAAAAUAUACUGCUUUUAUAUAUGAUUGUUUUGCUGGUCCUAAACAUUUCAAGAAAAUAAGUUUUUUUAAAUGUAACUUUAUUUUUAUUUGUUUAUCAAGUAGAUGAUAAUAUUCAAAAGCAAUGAUGUAUAUGAUGUCUGUAAAUGAAACCAAAUUAAGUCAUACACUGAGUCCACUGUAAACACUCCAUCCAGCCUUCCACACCUUCCAUAGGCUUAGAGCAGGGGUCAGCAAACUACUUCUAUAAAGGCCUGAGAGUAAAUAUUUUGGCCUUUGCAAGCCCUGUAGUCUCUAUCCCAAUACUCAACUCCACCAUUGGAGCAGAAAGCAGCCAUAGGUAAUAAACAAAUGAGCGUGGCUGGGAGCCAAUACAAUUUUAUGGACCCUGAAAUUUGAAGAUUAUAUAAUUAUCACAGGACACGAAAUAGUCUUUUUUGACUUUUAAAAUCCAUUUUAAAAUGUAAAAGCCGUUUUCGGCUGAUGGACCAUAUGAAAACAGGCAGUAGGCCAGAUUUAGCUCGUGGAUCAUGGUUUGCUGACCCCUGGUUUAGAGGCUGUGUAAAACUACCUUUAUGACUGUGGGAUUUUAAAGAAAUUUUACUACAUUAACAUAUAAAUACUGAUAAAUCAUAUGCACAUAUCCUCUGUGAGUAGCGUUAUAGUGGCAUCACAAAAGCAUAAUAACAAUAAGAGGAAAACAAUGUAAAAGUGUAGUAUAAAGGCAUACAACUUAAAUUCUACUUGUAACACUAGAGUGUUAAAGGAUUUUAUUGGUACCUAAUUUUAGGUAAUGAGAAAUUCUCUACAAAUGAUAAAGAUGUUGUUUUAAGACACUAGUAGAAAAAAGUCUAUACUUAGUUAAAACAGAAUCUAAACAUAUAGGUACAGGAUUCUUAAAUUAUUUUGAACCACAAAAUUUUAAGUUGUUUUUUCACCUUCAGCAGGAAUAAAAUUUGUACAUGGUUUUUCUUAACUGCCACUCAAUAUACAGUCUUUAUUAGGAAUUUCACUGAAUUUAUAAAGCAUAGAAAUAGAUAUUUACUCCCCAUUUAUAUAUACUGUCAACAUGUGUCAUGCAUCAACUUUUAUUAUUUCUAUUUCAGUAAUUCUAAUAUAUGAUUUUUAUGAAUAUUUGCAUGUGGCAAAGAGCCUUUCUUCUCAAGAUCACCAAAAGCUGGUUACCUGUCAUUUAACUGCCACAGCGCUCGCCCACUUGGCUAUAGUUUACUUGUUACUUCAGUUCUCCACUGUGCACACACUCAGGUAUUGACUGUAUAAAACUCUCUUUAUGUGAUAUUAUAAUCUAUAAUCUCAACCUCUUCUACUUUAAAUUAAUGCUUCUAGAGUUCAUAGAUUAUACUCUCACACCUACACACACAACUAUGCCUUGGAGCAUUUAUACUUUUAAAAUUAAAAAUGGAAUACUAGAUUAGAAUUUAAAAGUAAAGAGAAUAACAGUAGGCAGAGUCACAACCAGAAAUAAAUAUUAGUGCAUUGGAAUGAAAAAUAUUUAAUGGCAUAGAAAUUAGUAAUAUAAUGGAAAAAACCUGAGAAACGUGUGUUUUUUUGGGUUUUUUUUAUUUUUUAUUUUUGCCUCCUGCUGUUGAUCUUUGUACACUCUAAUGAGGUGUUCCUAGAGCUUCUUGAUCUCUAGAUCCUUGGUGGCCCUUCCCAGUCAUAAUAGCGUUGCUGACACCCUGCCUACCCUCUGCUGGAACAGAAGGUUGUCUUUCCGAUGUACCAGUCCCUUAGUCUAUACAACACCCUCAGUUUAAGCACCCUUGACAUCACCUGGCAUCCUAUUAGAUUAGAGCCUCUUACAGCAAAUUGAUUUUCUUUGAAAGAUCAGAAAGAGAGAUUCAGAAUUCCACUUCACUUGCUGCUGCAUAAAGAAAUCUCAACCUUCAUUUUAUUUUAACAUAGACCAGAGUGUUCCUGCCUCUGAGUUGUCUGCAAGCUAAUUGCGCCAAUGCUCAGUCAGGAAUUGAAGCUCUCACUGUGAAGGACGGAGGUGUGAAGCCCAGCUCCCUUCUUGCGGUGAGGCAUCUCUCAUGGCAGGACUUGCUGUGGUCCCCUUUUUGAAACAAACUACCAAAGUGCUUAUUCAAUUUGUGUUUUUGUUUGAAGUUUUCACCUUAUAGAUGUGUGAGCAUGGUCCUUUUUUCCCCCAUACUGAUUACAUGUGUAAGCCAGUCAUGGUCAUAUACUGGAUGGAGAUAGACUAAAGAUGCUUUACCCUAGAAAUAAAUUUUCUGCAGAUUAGGUAUUUAUGAACAUUGAGAAAAUCAAGAUGUUGUCUCUAAAUCACAUGACAUAUUAAUUACACAAGAUGGUAAUGUCAAUUAUUGGAAGAGAUCACAUUCCAAACUGUAACAAUAUAUCAAUAAAGAAACCUUAGCUUUGCAGAGACAAUGUGAAGUUGUGUUACAGUUGCCACCUUCACACCUUUGAAACAUGAUGCAGGCACCCUAAGCACUGCUUGCAGUAUAAUCAGUAUGAGGAUGAGAUUGAUGAAUCUAAGUCAGUCAUCUUGUGUGUUUUGUGAAAAUAUCCCCAACUUCAAAACAUGUAUGUAUUUCACAAGUGGCUCUUUUGUUGUGCCAUAACUCUUAACUAGUCAGUCAACUGAGGGCUUUUUCUGUUUUGUUAUGUGAGUAUGUCUGAACAGUAAAAUAAUGUUUGUACUCCUGUAAAGUUCAUGAAGUAUGAGGAGGUGCCAUUUCUCUUUGUUUGAUGUGAGUGGUUUUGCUAAUUGUGUCGGCACUGUGCUUUGUAAUAUGAAUGAGAAUAACCAGGUUUCUCAACAAUGUCUUGAUUGCUGGCUCUUUCAGUGAUGGUGGAGAAAAAGAAAAUGUACCUUACAAUCCCAAACGAUCAAGGUUCCCAAGUAGGAAAAUAAAAGAUACAUGAUAACUUUUAUUCUUA